AUCAUACAUGCAUUAAACUUACUAUCAUGUUUUUUACAGACACAUGUUCUUAAGGUCCACAUUCACUGUCAAGGUUGCAUGCGUAAAGUGAAGAAAGUGCUUCGAAAAAUUCAAGGCGUCUACGAAGUGAAUAUCGAUGCUGAUGAAGCACACAAGGUAACAGUGUUGGGAAAUGUUGAUGGCGAAAAAUUGAUCAAGAAACUAGUUAAAUCUGGUAAACAUGCUGAGUUUUGGCCAGUUAGCUCGACUGUGUGGCUAGAACUAGAAGAUGAAGCCUAUCCAAGCAAUGAUGUCCCGGGAUUAGAGAGUUACAUGAACAGCAACAAUCAAAUGGCAAUACCAGACAUGUACAAUGAGCUUACUGGUUGGAGUGGGGGCAGCAUUGAUCAUGGACUGAUGUCCAGAACUGAUUUCCCGGGUAGCAAUGAUAAUGAUCCCGGAGAAUUUUACAGGUCUGGAAACUUGUGUGCAGGGUUACCAGCAUACAGUUAUCAGUUUCAACGCCCUGCAACGAUGAAUAUCAGAGGAUGGUAUGGAAAUCCGUAUUCCCAAUGGUGUGGAAAUCUUUAUCCCCUGAUGUAAAGCAACACCGAGCAGACAUGUAUUUACCUUGC